GCGUUUCUUGCCUUGCAGAGGCGGAACGGGGUUGUGAUUGUGGCUGGCAGAUAGGCCGUCAUGAGUUGUCUGCGGGAGGAGGAUGAUCCGUACGUGGUCGAGGAACCCAGCGAUGAGGAGCCGGGGCAAAGCAGCUCUGAAGAUGAAGUGGACGUGCUCUUACAUGGCACUCCUGAUCAGAAGCGUAAACUGAUAAGAGAGUGUCUGACGGGUGAAAGUGAAUCUUCUAGUGAUGAUGAAUUCCAAAAGGAAAUGGAAGCUGAACUAGCCUGCACCAUGAAAAGUAUGGAGGGCAAGUGGAAGUCACAACUCACAGGUGGUACUUCUAAUGCUGGGCAAACUGCCACUGUGUCCACUUCAAAAUAUUAUGAUGACAUUUAUUUUGAUUCUGAUUCAGAGGAUGAAGACAAAGCAGUGAUGCCAGAAGCCAGGAAAAAAAAGAAACACCAACAGCGUAGAAUUCCCACGAAUGAUGAGUUGUUCUAUGAUCCUGAAGAAGACAACAGAGACCAGGAAUGGGUAGAUAUGAAGAGAAGGGGGUAUCAUAGAAUGAGAAGUGCGCUGUCACCACAACAGCAGGCCAAAUUUCCUGCCAUUCCCCACAGUGAUGCAGUUUUGAACUGUCCUGCUUGCAUGACAACAUUGUGCCUUGACUGUCAGAGGCACGAAUCAUACAGAACUCAGUACAGAGCAAUGUUUGUUAUGAACUGCACUGUUGUCAAAGAAGAGAUUUUGAAAUACAAAAGUCCGUUGAACAAGAAGACAAAGAGAAAGCACAAGAAAAUUAAACAGAGUAGUGAAUCCAUUGCUGGCUCGGAAAAACAGGAAGAGGAGGAAAUUUAUCAUCCAGUGAAAUGUACUGAGUGUUCAACAGAAGUGGCUGUUUUGGAUAAGGAUGAAGUCUUUCAUUUUUUCAAUGUUCUAGCAAGCCACUGCUAAGACACAAAAUUUUGCAUUGUUUGAAGCUGUUGUUCCCUUUGUUGUUCAGUUGUUCUAGGGUCCAACAAAUUGAUGUGGAAAUCAUAUUCAGCCACCUUGGAUUGAUAAAAUAAGUGAACUUUAAUUUAUGUGUAUAGUUUGUUUUUCAAACUCUUGCCUAUGUGCAUAUUUCUUAGUAUCCUGUUAAGCAAAAUAACAAUAUUUGGAGCUAAAGAAAACUAAUAUAAACCAGAUAUUGACAUAAUUUAACUAUGUUCAAGACUUGGAGUUUUGAUUAUUUUCCCCCUGUUCUUUAUUCAUCCCAAAUAUUUUGGAAACCAUACUGUAUUUGUUUUUUUUCUUGUGCUUGUAGCUCCCUGAGAUGCCAUGCCAGACUUUUCUCUCCUUUUAGCAUCCAAAUUGCUAAUCUGUAAGAGCAUAUUCCUGGUAAAUAAAGUCAUAGAGAUACUCUUUGGUCUACUUUGAGACUUUAACCAUACUCAGAAUUCUGGAUCUUUUCAAAGAAAUUUGUAUGAACAUUGCGAUUUAAACUUGGGGGUACUUCAUAAAAUGCCAAUAUUAGUUAAAAUCUGUUGUUACAAGAAUAUUUAAAAGAUGGUUAAAAUGAUUUCCACUUCCUCAGAAACUUAACACAUAGAAAUAGCAAAGAUGCAUAAAUUGAUAGAAAUUAAUAAGACACAUUCAAGUUAGGCAGAAAUGCACAGGACACUUUCAGUUACUGUCUUGUAUGGGUGCAAAAGUGCAGGCCCAGCUAUUGAAAAAUACAACUUGGAAAUCUUCGAAGUAGCCUUUGGUUUUCUGUUAAAAGUUAGAUGUUAGGCAAUUCUUAUUUUUUAACUUUAUUCCAUGUAAAAUAUUCUACUUGUUUUAUCGUUAUAGCAGCACUUUCAAGAAGCUUUUUCCAGAAGCCAUGUAAGACUAAGAAGUGUUUUGAAUUGCCAUCUCCUGUGUCCAGGCCAAGCAUUCUAUAGCUCAGAGUUCCUUGACAGCAGUGUACCAUCUUGGCAGCAAAAUUAAUUUGCUAUGCUAAACACACAGAGAAAGUUUUUCCAUUCUUUGGUGUGGCUUUGGGAUUCUUCUCUUGUGUUUCUGAGAUUUAAAAAUUUACUUUCCACAGAGCAAAACAAUAAUUGUUUUCUUUGCUAUUUGGAACUAGUUUUUACUGACUUUAGAAUCAAAAUGUUCAGUUUACAGCCUUUUAAAAGAAACAACACCACUUUAUACAAUAGUAUAGUAUUUAAAACAGUGAUUAGAUUGUUUUUAUUCUAGUUUUAAUCCCUUUUUCGUUAGCAGUCAGACUCAAAUAGAUUUCAUAAAUGAUCAACCUCUCAGGUGACUAAACUAGAAGACUGCCAUAUAAAAGCAAUUUCUUUCAGUUUUACUAAAUCAGCCUUUAUUACAAGCCAUUUACUCUUAAUUGAUUUUUUUGUGAGUUUUGAAGAAUGAAUAAUAAUCCAAAGGUUUGGUGUCCAUUUAUAGCAUGCCACAUAAACAAGCAAUUAGACAAUAUCAGUGCUCUUUUAGAUUUAUUUUAGCUGCUUUCAUUGAUACUUUUAAAAAAGUUUUGACUGUAUUUUGUUGGUAAUAUGAAUAUGUUGUAAAUAAAACAAUAAAUACAUGAUACCUGAA